AUGGCGUAUAUUCCACCCCACAAACGGCAGUCAGGAGACAGCAAUUGCAGCUCAACCUCACUAAACCCAGUCCCAACUCCAACCCCAGAGUCUCUGUCGCCGCUUUUUCAACGAACCCUCAAUUUAAGGUCAUCAUCUUUUGACAGGAAGAAGAAGAACAGAGACCCAAACAGGGGAGGCCCACGCAUUGUCUUUGCUCCUAAUGCUACUUCUAAAUGGUUCCCAGUUGGUUUGGCUUCUUCUUUUGAUUACAGCGAUGAUGAUGAUGAUGGUGGUGAAGAUGACUCUCCGUUCAUGUCCUUGACUAAGCUUGAGCCCUUUUCCCUGGAAUCUUAUGAACGAAAAUUCGGUGCAAAGCCUCGUGCUUUGGUGCUCAACUAUGAUCGCAUAAAGGAAUAUGGUGGUGAGGGAAGGGUGCUUUUGGAGGAUCCCUGGAGGUUUGCUGCUGAAAAUUUGAAGGAUGAUUUUCUUUCGGCAAUUCAAAAAGUUAAAGAUGAAAUCAGAGAUAAUGACUCUAAACAAGUGAAGCCUGCUCUGGUAGCGCGAUUUGGAAGGGUGAUUUUCCGUGGGGCUCCGCGAACUUUCUCUGAAAGGAAUUUAGGACAAUUGAAGGGUUCAUUUCACACAAAUGUUUCCCCUUCAUUUGUGGAACAUGUAAUCAAAGAUGUCAUUCCAAAGCUCGAAACUGUUGUUGAGUUGGAAAAAGAAAAAUAUGUUGUACAGCUGUCUGAUAAUCUGGAACCUGACUCAACUCUCGGAUGCACAUGUACCUUGAGCAAGGAUGGUAAAUCUCUUCAACUUUACAAGAUCCAGUGGAACCAAGUGCGACAUUUGGUUGCGGACAUGUCUUGCCUUGGUAAGAGGGUAGAUUUGAGGCUUAUGUUGUACUCUAAGAUAACUACGCCAGCUUUAACUGAUGAUGAGAUGAAAUGCAUACAACUAGUGAUUGGUUCUGCAAUUGUGGAUCCUGAAGUAAAGGGUGGUUUAAGAUGGCCCUUGGGUACAAACUCUUCCGGAGGGAGAUACACUGUUGUUAGUGCCUGGCAUACGCAUGUUAAAUCAUUUAAGACUUCAUCCAUCAGGCUUAAGGUUCAAGAUGCAGAUAGAUUUGAUUUUGGAUCUUCACUUGGGGAGGUUUCAAGAGAAGUGACCCUGCGAUUAUAUGAUAUUAUAUCAAAUUCCCAAGAGCUGCCAACGCAAGAUGAGCGGUUGAUUGAAAUGCUCAAAAGCAACUUCAAACUGAUCUGGGAUUGCAUCCUGUGA